AUGUUGUCGGCAAUAUCGUGGGUCCCGCGCGGCGCGGCAAAACCGUUCUCCAAAACAGCGGAGCUCGACGAGGAGGAGGUCGCGGAGGUGCGGCGCCGCGCAGAGGGCGCCGCGGCCGCCGCCGCCGCCGUAGCUGGCGGCGUCGCCGAUGCUGAGGACGGCGAGGAGAGGGACGCUGAGAAUGACGAAGACGCUGCAAUGGAAGAGGAGGAAGAGGAGGAGGGGAGUGAGGAGGAAGGCGAGGCGGACGGGGAGGAGGCGGCAGCGGCGGCGGCGGCGUUGGCGGCGGAGAUACGGAAGGCGAAGAAGGGCCAAUCGGCGGAUGACAGGCUGGCAGACGAGCUUGCUGAGCUGGACAUGGACCACUACGACGACGAGGCUGACGUGGCGCCGAACCUGUUCGGCACGGGGAAAGGCAUCGGCGCGGCGUAUUACCGAAGCAACGACGAGGAUCCUUACCUGACCAAAGCGGAAGGUGCGGAGGACGAGGACGAUGAGGAUGAGAUCGAAGAUCUCACCAUACGCGAUACAGACUUGCUCAUUCUCGCGGCGCGAAACGAGGAUGAUGUCAGCUUCAUCGAGGUGUGGGUGUGCGAGGAGCAGCAGAGAGAGGAGGGGGAGGAUGGCGAUGACGUGGCCCAAAACGACAAGGAUCUCAACAUUUAUGUGCAUCACGACAUCAUGCUUCCCGCCUUUCCCCUCGCUCUCGCCUGGAUGGAUUUCAACCCUUCCGCCGCCGCCGCCGCAGCCGGGUCUUCCGCCGGCGCGACCGCCGGCGCGAUUGCCGCCGCGGGCGCCGGCGCGAGCGUCCUGGCGCCAGGAAACUUCGUAGCAGUUGCGACGAUGGACCCUUCUAUUGAGAUCUGGGACCUAGACGUUCUAGACGAGGUCGAACCCGCCGCGGCUUUAGGAGGGUUUGUGACUACAACGGGCGGUGCGGGCGGUGAUGGGGAAGAGGAGGACGACGAGGAGGAGUGGGAGGAGGUGGAGGAGGAGGAGGAGAUGGAAAUGGGGGGAGGAGGUUCAGGGGAGUACCGCAACGUGCUGGCGAGUGGAGGCGAGGACAGGCGGGUGAAGGUGUGGGACAUGGCGGCUCAGCGCUGUGACCGCACGCUCAAGCUGCACACCGGGAAGGUGCAGGCAGUGGCGUGGGCGCCGCUGCACGCCACGAGUUUACUGUCUGGGUCGUUUGACCGCUCUCUCGCCCUGGUAAGUGCUCUGGUCUGCGGGCAAUCGUCCGACCUCACGCUCAAGCUGCACACCGGGAAGGUGCAGGCAGUGGCGUGGGCGCCGCUGCACGCCACGAGUUUACUGUCUGGGUCGUUUGACCGCUCUCUCGCCCUGGUAAGUGCUCUGGUCUGCGGGCAAUCGUCCGACCUCACGCUCAAGCUGCACACCGGGAAGGUGCAGGCAGUGGCGUGGGCGCCGCUGCACGCAACGAGUUUACUGUCUGGGUCGUUUGACCGCUCUCUCGCCCUGGUAAGUGCUCUGGUCUGCGGGCAAUCGUCCGACCUCACGCUCAAGCUGCACACCGGGAAGGUGCAGGCAGUGGCGUGGGCGCCGCUGCACGCCACGAGUUUACUGUCUGGGUCGUUUGACCGCUCUCUCGCCCUGGUAAGUGCUCUGGUCUGCGGGCAAUCGUCCGACCUCACGCUCAAGCUGCACACCGGGAAGGUGCAGGCCAUGGCGUGGGCGCCGCUGCACGCCACCAGUCUGCUAUCCGGUGCUGCAGUGGGGCGUCUAUGCAAACUUACUGUAUACACCUACACACCCACCUCCCCCUCCCGCCAUCCGCUCCCCCCUUCCCACCCACCCCACCAUGCCACCCUCUUUCCCUUUCAGACGGACGUCCGGUCACCCGAUGCUACAGUGUUGCGGUGGGGCGUCUCUGCUGACGUGGAGGCCCUUGCGUGGGACCCACACGACAGCACGCGCUUCGUCGUCUCUUCUGAGGACGGGCUCAUCUGCUGCCACGACACUCGGGCGGGCAGCAGCAACACCACUGCCGCCAGCUCAGCGUCGCCGAGUUCGUCUUUUCCGAAUGCCCUCUUCACGAUCCAUGCGCACACCAAGGCGGCAUGCACUGUAUCGUGGAACCCUAAAAUCCCGAACCUACUCGCGUCUGGUUCGACUGACAAGACUGUGAAGCUGUGGGACCUUACAGGAAACCAGGCUCGGUGCUUGGAGUCGUCGAACCCGAAGCUGGGAGCUGUUUUCUCUGUGGCGUUUUGCGCGGAUGCGCCUGGUUUCCUCGCUAUGGGAGGGUCGAAAGGGAAGCUGAAGGUGUGGGAUUCGAGAAAGGUCGCUGAUGUGGGGCAGAGGUUGAGAGUGAUGUAA